GCUGCUUUUGAAGCCAUUCAGAGGGGGUCUGUGAAUGGCAGCGAGAGAGAAGCUUCUAACCGAUUAACUAAUUAAACGUGGAAAACAACAGCCAUUCUCAGCUGAGGCUUAACUCCCUACGCACACUGUAAGUGUUCUUAAAAUAACCCAGAUUACAGAAGAUGGGAUUCACAUCUGUUCUGGCUCUGCCAAUGCUGGUGGUGGUGGUAGCAGGGAUCUAUUACCUGUACAAUGAGGUGCUCAGGUUUAUGUCAAAGUCUGUGGUGCGGAACAAAGUGGUUGUGAUAACGGAUGCCGUGUCAGGAGUGGGAAACGAGUGUGCCAAGCUCUUUCAUAAGGGAGGGGCCAGGCUGAUCCUGUGUGGGAAAAGCUGGGACAAGUUAGAAUCUCUCUCAGAUGACCUAAGCAGUGCGUCAGACCCCAGUGUGACCUUCACACCCAAGCUGGUGCUGCUAGAUUUCAGCGACAUGGACAGCAUGCCAGAUGUGAUCACUGAGAUCCUGGAGUGCUACGGCUGUGUGGAUGUGCUGAUCUGCAACAGCAGCCUGAAGAUCAAGGCGCCUGUACAGACCAUGUCUCUGGAGUUGGACAAGACCAUCAUGGACACAAACUACUUUGGCCCCAUCACUUUAGCAAAAGGGGUACUGCAAUCCAUGAUCUCUAGGAGGACUGGUCACCUGUUACUGGUCAACAGCAUCCAGGGAAAACUGGCUGUACCAUUUCGCACUGCCUACGCUGCCUCUAAGCACGCCGUCCAGGCCUUCUUUGACUGCCUGCGGGCUGAAGUGGAGGAGUAUGGGAUCUCCGUCAGCACCAUCAGCCAUACUUUCAUCAGCGCCUUACCAAAGGAGGGCACGCCAUCUUCCAAACCCAACAACUCCCUCUGGUCAUUCCUUUCCAGGCACCUGUCCCACGGAGUGUACCCGGUGGAUCUGGCCGAUGAGAUUCUGAGGACAGUGAGCAGGAGGAAGAAGGAGGUCCUUCUGGCGCACCCCAUCCCAAGGGCUGCGCUCUACAUCAGAUCCCUCUUCCCGAGCCUCUUCUUUGCCGUGGUGGCAGCAGGAGUGAAGGAUGUGGCCAUAGCAGAGCCGUUGCAGUAGAAACAAAUGGACGCGAAUGUGAUGUGGAGGCUGCUCCGGAAUAAGUGUGCCUUGUUCCUUAAUGCAUGUACCUAUGUGUUGGUCUUCAGUUUAGCGACUGCUCAAGGAAGAUGACUUUAUUUGCAAGAGGAACAAUGACAUGGUUUUCGCAAAUUAAUGGAGUAUGAGCAACUAUUUUGAUGUGGCAGAUUGUUUUUUUAAUUUCAUUUUACAGCUUACUCCAAAAUGUGGGAAUCAUUGGGAUAAUUCAAGAUUGAGCCUUGCUGCACUGUGUGUAAUUGUGAGCAAGUAAAAU